AUGGCUCUGUCUGGUGCAGUCCGGGCAUCUCUUUCUGAUGAGGCCCUGGCGAUUAUUGCGACUGCAGGAAUUGAGACAGAUGCUGAUAUGGCUUGCUUUUGGACUUCCGAAGAAGAGAUUCUGGGAUUAUAUCAGGGGGAGAUUGCUGGGCCUUUGGUUCGCGCAUGGCGCUUGGCCAAUCAGUGUUUUGCCCGGGAGAAUGCUCUUCAACCGCUGAAUGUUCCCUUAAAGAAAUCUGAUCCUGUGCCUGUGGCGGCACGACCCAAGAAGCGAUGCAUGCCGCCUGCUGUGUUGCAGAGCAAGGCCUGCCGAGUUAAGGGUCCCCAGCCAGUGAUGGUGGCACAGCCGCAGCAUAUUGAGUCUAAGAGGUCGCAGCACGUGCAGUUAAUGUUGGACGUGGUCUUAGCCUCUGGUUCGGCGAACCUCAAGUUCUCGCCGGUUGAGCUGAAGGUACGUGCCGAGGUCCUGCCGCUAUUUAUGCGUCUGCUUGAGAAGGUUUCCGAUUCCAAGCUUGCGGCAUUGGUUUCUACGCUUAAGCGCUGGAUUCGUUUUGCUGAGUGUCAUCUUCCUGCUGACGUGGUCUAUUGGAUGCCUUCUGCGAUGACAUUGUCUGCCUUCUUGCAGCAGGUCGCACAGGGCGGUCCCACUGCUUCGGUUAAUGUCUAUCACAAUAUGAGGUGGUGGGUGGAGCAUAUGGGUUUGCCUUUGCCAGUCCAGGACCCGCUUGUUGCAAUGUUCAAGCAGCCUCCGACGGGUUAUGCAGCAAAGCAGCGUACUCCUAUUGCGCUGGGGGUUUUCUUCCACUUGUGCGGAAUGCUGCAGAGUACCACUGGAACUGUCAAAGCCUUUAUUGCAUGGGCUUUGCUGCUGUGUACGGCCUGCCUCAGGUUCGCGCACUUGCAGCGCUCUGUCAAUCUACGGUGCGAAAAUUCCUUGUUGUCGGCCCUUUGCAAGAAAGGGAAGAGAAAGCAGCAAGGUGUGCAGCAACCCUUUGUGUGGUGCGUGCCGGCAUGCCCUGCUCCUUCAGUCUGUAUUGCACCUAUACUGCUGCUAGAAUAUGGCGAGUUGUGUGUGGCCAAGUCCGAUGUGGAUUUUAUUAUCCCUGACCUGCAGCUACCGCGAUCGGGGAGAUUGGAGCCGGGUACACCCAAGCUUUUGCGCCGAAUGAGUCGUGCUAAAUUCUGUGAACUCAUGAGAAGUUUGCUCCGUGCAAUUGGAGUCCAGGACGAGGACGUGGAUCAGCUUUCCAGCUAUUCCUUUCGGCGUUUUAUGCCGACCUUGGCUGACUGUCAGGACGCUUCCUAUGAGGCUAGGCUGGCGGUUGGCAACUGGGUUGAGGCUGCAACUGACAAAGUUACAGCCACGAAGGCUGGAUCUGCAAUGCCGAUUCGAUAUUCGGACGAGAAGGCUGUUACAGCGGGCAUGACCAAGCUUCGCAUGCUAGUUAGUCUUGAUAUUUCCAGGCAGCGCUGUUCAGCCGGGGACCUUACAUGGGCCGAGGUUUCUCGCUUGAGGCCGUCUGCGUCGAAGGUUGAGAAAGCCCUUCAGUCAGCGGCUUGGCGCGCCGGUGACGACAUGGUUCCCAAGCAUGCUUCUGAGAGCGAGGACUUAGAGGACGAGGACGAUGAUUCUUCUUCUUCUAGCUCGGAGUCUUCCUCUAGCGAUUCUGAGGUGUCUGCUGAGGCUACCCCGGUUGUGUCGUGGUUUGUUCAGCAUGGCCGAGGUUCAGUGCACCUGACGCAGAGGCAAGUGCAAGGCCGUCUGGUGCCGUGGUGCCGUGACAUUCCCUUUGAUGUUGCUCAUAGUGAGCGGGGAUAUGGCAUCGAUAUUGGUGCCGAGCGUAGCCUUUGUAAGAAGUGUGUGGCCAGGGCUCCCCCGGCUAUCAUUGCACGCUUUACUUGA